ACAUAGUUGUCACUUUAGGUGACACAUGAUUUUUUUCUUUGUUCCAAAAAAUCUCACUCGAAUAUUCUUCAAAUUCCCCAAACAAAAUGGAUCAUCUUUAUUCGGUUUUUGGUUUUGAUGUUGCACCAUAUCAUCGACAUUUUCUUGAAGAUGGUUCUUCAAAUGUCAUUUCAUCAUUAUCCAAUAAUAAUAUUCUGGCAUUUACUUCGAAUUUUGAUCUUUUAGAUGAUUCGGAAGAGAAUAAUCUACUUAAAACUAGAGUUUAUGUUGUUGAUUUAAAUCUACCAUAUCAUCCAUAUCGUGUUAAAGAUCAUGAUGAAAACAUUACCGUAUUGGAAUGGGAUAAUAAAGGUGGUAAACUUUUAAUCGGUGAUGAUAUGGGUAAUAUUGAAAUAUGGUCGAUGCGUGAUUUUCUUCUUUCCGAUUGGCAACGUUUAGAUCAUCAUUCAUGUUGUUUUGCUGGUGAUCGUAUUAUUGCCGGUAUUUGGUUUCAUUCUGGCCAAAAAAUUAUGGUCGAUUAUGAUAAAAAAGAUCUGGAUGUUCAAUAUCAAGAAAAAUUUAAUUAUGAUCGUUUACAAGCAUCAGUUGUACAAUUUGGUAAUAAACAUACUGAUGGUUAUCUUUGUAUAACUGGUACUGGUUUUGUUUAUGCACAUCUAUUCGGUUCGAAUGGUAAAAUACAUCAAGAAUAUACUAUAUUGAAUAAUAGCCGUGCAAAUAUUGAACAAAUUGAUAUUGCUUAUAUGAAAAAUGGAUCAUUUUUAAUAAUGACAUCUAAUGGUAAUUCUUAUAUGCCAAUCCAUUGUUAUACAAUUUCAAUUUCAUUGAAUUUAAUUGAAAAUCAACAACAAAAACUUAAAAUUCAAUGUCAAUCACAUGAAAGUUUUAAUAUGGAUUGUUCAUUACUUAAUUCAUCCAAUCAUCAAUCAUAUCCAAUUGUAAGUCGAUUAAAAUUUAUUGUUCGUGAAUGUCCAGAUGCUGCUGUAGUUGUUGGUUCAGGGAAAAAUGGUUCAAUCAUUGAAUUAUGGGAAUUAUGUAAUGUCCCUGUUUCAUUUAAUAAUGUUAUUAAAAAUUUAAAAAAAUUGGAAUCAAAUCAAUCAUCAACAACAACAAAUAUUACCGAACUGAAAUGGAAAUUCAAUAUGAACACUACAUCCAUUCAUUAUGUAUCAGCUUUAUCAACACCUGCAUCAUUAUUAUUCGAAACAACACCACCAUUAUCAUAUAUAUUGGUUGCCUAUACAGAUAAAACUAUAAAAUGUUUAUAUCGACAAAAUCUACAAUCAUUAGUUACUGUUGAUUUAACAACAACAACAACAAAUCAUUCAAAUUUAAACAAUAAUAAUCGUAUAUUUCAUCAACAAGAAAUAAUAACGGAAAAAUUAUCCAUUAUUCGUGAUAUACGAUUAACAUGGAGUAGUUGUGCUAUGGUUGCAAUUGAUUCUUUUUCACAGCUACAUUUUUUUCGUUUAUCACCAAUGAUUGAACCUUGUAAUCAGAUGAGUAUUAAUUUUGCACAAUUAAUGCUAGAAUAUGCAUUAAUUUCGGGUAAUGAUUAUUGGGAUAUAUUGAUCAGUGUUAAAUCACAAUUUGUUGAUAUACUUUGUGAAAAAAUUACUGAAAAUUUUUGUGGAUCAAAACAACCAUCAUAUGUUCAACAAAAAUGGUUUGAUAAAAUAUUACAGCUAAAAGCAGCGCUAUAUCGUUGUGUAAAUUCUGGUCCAUUAUCAUAUAAAUCAGGUGAUUAUUAUUCAAUGAAAAUGUUGAAUGCAAUUGCCGAAACAAUUAAACGUUUAAUUCGUGCACGUGAAUAUCAAGAAAAUGAAGGUCCGGCUGAAAAACUUAGUUCAAUGAUACAAACAAAACCAUUAAAUAAUAAUGAUAUUCAACAAUUUAUUAAUAUUGAUAAAAUUUUAGUUAAACUAGAUUCAAAAGAUUUUUGUGUUGAAGCAGCCAUUCAACAAUCAUUUCAACAUUUAUUACAAUGGGUUUGUGAUUUAGCACUUUAUCUUUUGGCAUCGAUUCCGCAACAAUGUCAUCAGCCACAAUUUCGUAUACCUGGGUCUGGACUAUUGUUUGAUGUAAAAUCAUUGAAUACAUUAAGAGAAUUAUUGGUUAUUAUUCGUUUUUGGUCAUUAAUCAAUGCAAAUUAUGUACCAAGUUUUAAUAAGAUGCAUGAAAAUAUUGAUGUUAUUUCAUUGAUUUAUAAAUUAUUAUCCAAAUUGGUACUUUCAACGGAAAAAAUUGAUGAAACAAUUAUUGAUGAAUGUUGUGUAUUACCAAAUCAAGUUAUGAUACAUCAAAUGGAUAUUUGUUUAAAAUCGAUUGGAAUUGCAAGCCCAGCAUUAUAUAGUCAUUCAUUACCAUUAAUUCUUCAUUAUGGUAUUGAAUCACCAUUAUUAGAAUAUACGGUUAAAGUUCCCAUUAUUGAAGGUACAUUCAAUAUUCAUGGUGAUCGACGAAUAGAUGUUUUACGAAAUAUUUCACUUGGUUAUGUGGAUGAAAAUACAAAUGAAUUAAUACGAUCAUGUACAAGAUGUAAUUCAGUAUCAUCAAUAAAAUCAACAACAAGAUCACCGGCAGCACGUGCAUGGGAUCAACAAUGGGUAAAAAAAUGUGUUUGUGGUGGAUCAUGGCGUGUACAUGCAUCAAAAAAUCUAUCAUCCAUCAUUUUGAAUACAAAUAAUAAUGAUUUUGGUCGAAUUAAUUUUUCAUUAAUGAAUACUGCUUGA